AUGUCGUAUCAGGCGCAAAAUGUAGAACCACAGAAGUGGAAAGUGGGAACAGAUAAGCGGAAGCCCACCCGUCGUGACCCGGAGAAGAGGCGGCAACAAAAUAUUCGAGCACAAAGAAAGUACCGAGAAAAGCUCCGUGAGCGUAUGAGCUACCUAGAAGAACUUGCAGCCUCUACGCAGAGCGGUAAUGCUGGGACAACACCGGUUACUGCAACCAGCCAACCGGAGACAGUUGAAGCUCAAGAAUCGCCUAAUAUCCUAGAAGAUGCCAUUUCGGAUGGCUCCAUCUCUCACAGUGCUUCUACACUGUCUGUUUCCUGUUCCUCACCGCCAUCAUGGGCCCAGGCAGAAUGGCAACUCCUUCUUCCCCAGCCAGACGAUAUUCAAGGAUUGAAUACAUUGGGCGAUUCUACAAUAUAUACUUCACAGCUUGAUGAUACGAUAUCACCUGAAAGUAUGCGGAAUUCUACAGCACUGUCUUCACCCUCAAACAACCCUUCGCUUGCGUUAGACACCUGGGGAUCUAUGAUAGAUAUGCCUGGUGCUUCAUCGACACCAAGCAUCCCUACGAGUGUUGAUGGCUCCCUUAUCAUAUAUGAUAAAUAUGACCAUUGCUUUCAAUCAGACUGGGCUGCUACUAUCGACUGCGGGUGCUCUAGCCCUCACUUCCAAAUCGAGACGCAAGGCUUGAAUCCAUUUUAUACUGGCAAUAUAAGGAUACUCAGGUUCGAACGCAGUGCGGCUGAUCCGUAUGCAAACAACCUUCGCCUUGAACAGUUGUGCACUUUAUCUGCAAUCCAUGAUCUUGGAUUACAUGUUGGUAUCAGUGAGGCAGCAGUGUGUGCUGACGAGUCCUUGUCGCCGUUUUUCAGGCCCAUAAUGGAGUCUACCGAUGACACUGACAAAGAGAGCGCCAUUACCGAGGUAAAGCAGAUGUACAAGGUGCUAAAGCCCGACUUGAGGCCGAAUUGCGAACAGAUUACCAUCCAACAUCACCCGUAUAUAGAUAUCCUACCCUUUCCAACGCUGCGAAAGAAUCUCAUCACCCACCAAGCCGAGGUGGAUGAGGACGAGUUCUUCUUCGAUAUGCUUUCCGGUCUAGUGUGCUGGGGGGGUGCGGGAAUCGGGAGGAAGGACCGAGAUAGUUCCACAGGGUAUGCUUCCACUGGAACACCUUGGGAUGUCCGUAGCUGGGAGGCAAAGGCCUGGUUUCAGCAAAAGUAUUGGAGUUUACUGGGCGGUGAAGAUGGGGAGCUUGUACGGCAGAGUGAGUGGUGGUGCAGCAUUAGAGGGGACUGA